CGUAGGCCCAACCUCCCCGCGUGGAGCGAAUGAAUUCAUGAUUUUAACUGGACAACUCUGGCCGAAUCGAAUUGGGAUCAUCAACAAGGUCUUUGGUGUGGUCGCAGGGGGGAAUCGAAUUGAUCUGCAACCCACAUUUUUGCAGCAGCCUCACCUAGGACCCCUCUUCAACAACUACCGAAUAGCACUUCGAGCUUAUUGCCAGGGUUCAGCCGGUUGGUGAUUCUCGUAAUCACUGGGCAGAAGCGAUAUUUACUUUGCUUUUUAUCAUAUUGUUUCUUUUUCAUUUUACUAUUCUCUUUACAUCUUAUACUAUUUUCUUCCGGUGGAGUGGUCGGGAAGGAGUCUUGACUGGGACGAGCGACACCACAUGUCGGACUCGAGCACAAAUGGCGGCAGGGCGUUUCCCCUGACCAGGCCGCCCAAAAGACGCGCGCCUCGACUGCAAAACCUGAAAAAGUGGGAUGGAGCUGCCCGGACGAGUUAUUCUUGGGAUCCUAUGGCAAAGGACAAAGCACUUUGGGUACCAACUGGCAAUUGCCGUGUUUACCUAUACGGCCAUGGCGAGUCUCGGCGAGAACCGUCUUUCAAGCUUCCUUUUUACGAGCUGCAGGAACAGCGUUGCUUGCCAUUGAUUGAGCGGUAUCUUGUCAUUUUGGAGUCGGCGACAUGCGCAACCUCAACUACAGCGGCUGCAAGGAGGUCACACAAAUCCUUCAACCGUGCUGCAUGGGAUGAGGAAAUGAUCGACCUGUAUAUUCCAGCGCCUUCCAGAGUGCAGGCGGACGUGUUUUACCUCGCUGUGCGGAAUUUCUUUGCAUUUCUUCUGCGGAAAUCACUGGUUGCCAUGCAUCUCGGAAACGCCAUCGUUCAGCUUUUGCACAGUAUGAACGAGUACCGCGAGCCGGGACUGGACAACAUGGCGGAUCUCUUGAACUUUCUUGAGGAGGAGGGCUAUAUGCUUCUGGCUGGCCAGUCGUCGCAUGCCUUGGCCAUGCUGCAUUUCGGCGAGUCCUUGCGGAUCCGACACAUUUAUACUGAUGCUUUCGCUCACUGCGUUGGCAUGGCCGACCAACUUCACAAAAGCUCAGAAUACAGUCACAUCAGCCCUGCAGCACGUCGAGCCAUUCGAAGAACCCGGAGCGCGAUGGACACCAAGCUAUCCCGAUCCAGCCGAAUGCUUCAAAAUUUCCUCGAGGAUGAUCUUUCAGAGCAGCGACUUGGCCUGACGACCGGUGCCCGUGCUCAUUUGGACCGGUUCCGCGCCUUUGUGGUAUCGUUUUACGCCACUCAGUUCGGCCAGUGGCCGCCGCGCGGAACCAACAGCUCCAAGAGCAUCUUUAGCGCCGAGAUCCACUCCAGGAUGGUGGAAGAUUUUGGUCGUCUUUACGAAUACCUCGUGGACGAGAGGUUUACCAUUAGCGACAGUAGCCCCGCGCUUGCUCAGGGCGGCAUUUGUGUGCUGCAGAGCGUCGAGGCCUUUGAUCGCGAACACGGCUUCGCGGGAUUGAGGAACCCGCUACCCUUAUUGCCCGAGGUUGGUGGGCGAAGUGAUUGCCCACUAAGUCCUUCCUCAUCGACAAGAUCCCCCAAGUCAAAAUUAUCGUCCAAAGUACCGUCGAUCUCCAAAUCCUCGCGCCGAAAGUCGUGGUUCAGCGUCGGACGGACAGACAAGACCCGCAUUGACACCCGCGUGGUGGUGCAUGCGGCGCUACUGGCGGCCAGCAAUGGGAGUCGGGAAAUUCUCGGCAACGAAUUUGUAAUUGCCUAUCGACGCUUUGAAGAGGAGUUGGCUCUGUCGACGGCAAAGCAAAGCGACAAGGACAAAGUUACUCUGGUCGAUGCCCGCAAAGUCCGUUGGAUUUUGGUGUACUGCACCUACCAGACUCUGCUCGACUGCACCCGCAUGCCAAAGGACGUCAAGCCCGCGGAAACCCCAUAUAGCCUCUGCAUCCCUACUGCUGACCUCCCGACCUGGGAAGAAGAUAUUGUGCCGUCGCAUUCAACCUCCUCCAAGCGAAGGGACAAACCUCCAUUGAGCUGGACCAAUAAACCCAAUGCAGCCCCCGAGCAGCGGCCCAAGAGCGCACACGCAACACUUGACACCCCAACGAUGACGCUCGAGCCAGACGUCAAUUAUUACGCCUUGACGCACCCCGACGAAUCGGACUUACGCGGGCGACAUGCAACUAUACAAGUUCCCCCGAGGGGGAGUAGUCUGACUCGCGGUCUGGGGAGCUUGACCGGGUCCUUGUCCCGAGCUUCAUCGAGGAACAACAGUAUCCGACGAUCAAUCGUCGGAGCCUUCACCACAAGCCCCACCCCGGAGCCGCCCAUGAAGUCCUUGAUGCGGAGGAAACCAAGCAAGAGUAGCUACCAGGCGAUCGUCGUCCCAGGGUACGGCAACGGGAUCAACGAUGUCCAGAUCAAGGGGCCUUCGCACAGUGAUUUUCCCAAUGAAGAUGAAGGCUAUGGGGAUUCACCUUCGCUGAUACCACCAGUUCCACCCCUUCCGACCAGCAUGAGCCACCACCAGAUCAACAAUAAUGUGUCGCCGAGUAACAGAAGAUCGCGGGAUCUGCUCAGCGAGAGACUGGACAAGCGGGGAUCCCGAUAUAUACCGCUUGGGGACAUGCCGAAUAUUCUGACGGCAGAAAUCCCACCGCCCGCCGCCAAAGAACAGACGGCACAGCGCACCGCCUCCACCUCGUCCAAUUCCAGCGCCGGCACCGCCCGCUCUCAGGGCGACUUUAGUACCGCACCCACCACGCCCCUGACCGACGACAAGGCCGAGCUCGAACCCAUCAGCAUCAGGCACAGGUUCUCGCUCCGCAGCCCCGUGUCGCUGCCUCAAAUCAGCAUCAAGGACCCAAUCCGGCGCCGAACCAUCGCCACCCCGCCCCUCCCGCACCGCAACCCGGCCCGCCCGUUCUCCAUCGUCGGAACCUUGGGCCCCAUCAGCGGGCCGAUGGUGCAGGAGAUACUGGGCGUCGAGCGCGAGUUCCUCGCCGCCCCGCCAUCGCCCAACAGCCGCGCCCCGUCCCCUCUGCGCAUCAGCAAGGCGGGCACCCGCAGCAGCAGCAGCAACACCCCGCGCUGCACCCACCAGAACCCCCUCGGCAGCCACCCGGCGGGGCUCUGGUCCAACAGCCCUCCGGUCCUCUGCACCGACUGCUUCGCCGACGACGCGAGCGAGUGCGACACGGCGAGCGAGUACGUCGACGCCCAGACCCACUGGGACGGGCUGGGGAUACAGAACGGCGUCAUGGACAACGACUUUAGCGCGGCUUGGGAUCAGUUUGGUGGCCUCGGGGGGCUGCGGCCGUUGAGCGUCGUCGUGGGUGGUGGCAAGGGCGGGUACGGGUCGCGUUGAAAAGGUUUUCGUUUCCUUUUCUUUAUUAAUAUGCCAAAAGAAUGGCCACAAGAUAUCAUCCUGUUUUCCUUUGUCAGAAAAAAACCCCGGUCAUCCAGUAUUACUUGGUUGACCAUACAAUCUCUUUCUUAUCUCAAUCUUUGAUACCCAUUUACUAUACUAGACUGCUCUCUUUCAAUUAUUUUGUGUCUUGACGGCUCUUGCCCUCCUGACGUUGUUGGUAUCAUCGUGCUCACCUUCUCUCUGUACCUCAGACUCACUGCACCCAAGGCAAUAGGGGCUGGAUUUCGGGUAUACCCUCAAUACUACCUUCGAACAGGAUUGCGGCGUCUGUCUCCCACAGUAAUGUUAGCCACAGGUACUUUGGCAGUUACUGCGCUAUUACUACCACGAGAAUGUUUUUUCUUUUCUUUCUGUACGAAAAUGUAGCUGGGUAGGCCAGUCGUGUGUUGAGUUUCUCUUAUUCAAUGACAACUUACGUAUUUGCCAAGACUUAUGCUCAAUCAACGGAUAUUUCUGCC